AUGAAUGCUGUAGACAUAGACACCUCAAAUGGUCAGGGAGUUAAUUGUCCCCAUCUACCUCAAAUGGUCAGGGGGUUAAUCGUCCCCAUUCACGUCAACCAAAGCAACCUCCCUCUUCCAUCUUCGCUCAACUGCUAUGCCGGAAUCGAGGAACCGCCGCCACUGCCCACCUCCGCCAUCCCUAACGCCCACACCCGGAGCUAUUGGCGGUGGAGUAAGCAAGACUUCUUUCCGGAGCCCUCAUUCCAGAGCUUCACCACCUACCGGGCCGCCCUUGCCUCCGCGUGCCCCCGUCUAAAGGAUUGCCUUCUCAGCUGUUUCUCUGACAACAAUGAGCUCAAUGUCCUCUCUCACGCUAGCGAGAAUCUAAUGCGUCGCUGCCUCACCGCAUGGGACCUCACCUGGCUCGAUUUCGGCUCCAUCAUUGGUUCCCGAAUCUUCGUAAUCACCGGCCAGGAGGCCCGCACCGACGCUGGUCCCACCAUCGUUCUCGCCUACGCUAUCUCUAACUUCUCCGCCCUCUGCUACACCGAGUUUGCAGUCGACGUCCCGGUCGUCGGUGGCUCUUUCUCCUUCCUCUGCAUCAAGCUUGAUGACUUCAUUGCCUUCCUUGCCACCGAAAACAUCCUCCUCAAGGCUGUUGUAGGCACUGCCAGCCUCGGCCAUUCACGCACUAGAAAUAUCUCAACCCUAAAUUGGCUCAGCUCCAUUGUCACUACGCUUGUUAUUGUGUUCAUCAUCGUAGUUGGAUUAGUUUACGGUAAAACCUCAAAUCUGACGCCAUUCUUCCCUAUGGGGAUGAAGGGAGUGUUCAAUGCUGCUGCAAUUGUGUAUUGGUCUUAUACAGGCUUCGACAUUGUGGAAACUAUGGCUGAGGAUGGCGGAGGUUGGUUGGAGAUGGCGGAGGUGGGCGGUGGUGGCGGUUCCUCCAUUCCGGCAUAG